AUGGCGCAUGAAAAUGUAAUUUAUGGCAGUUUCUUUGGAUCAGUGGGAGCUACAUUAGCAAUGAGCCUGACAGCCUUAGGAGCAGCUUACGGAACAGCCAAAGCUGGAGUUGCAAUUAGUACUGCGGGUACUUUCAAACCAAAUAUAAUUAUGAAAUCUCUAAUACCAGUAGUUAUGGCUGGUGUCUUGGCAAUUUAUGGUCUCGUAGCUGCAGUAUUGAUAUCGUAUGGCAUUGAAUCAGCAAGUAAAGGUUAUUCGGCUGUCAAAGGAUAUCUAGCUCUAGGAUGUGGCAUAAGUGUUGGUAUGACUGGUGUUGCUGCCGGAUAUGCCAUAGGGAUUGUAGGCGAUUGUUGUGUUAGAGAAUGUGUGCAUCAAGAAAAACUGUUCAUUGGUAUGGUACUAAUUUUAAUAUUUUGUGAAGUUAUUGGCUUGUAUGGACUUAUUGUAGGCUUGAUGCUUACUACAAAGGGAGAUUAA